AUGGCUGAGAGCUAGCAAGGAAAAUUCAGGAGCAUGAUGGCUCAGUUUCCCACAGCUAUGAAUGGAGGGCCAAACAUGUGGGCUAUUACCUCUGAAGAACGGACUAAGCAUGACAAGCAGUUUGAUAACCUCAAGCCCGCAGGAGGUUACAUAACAGGUGAUCAAGCACGUACAUUUUUCUUGCAAUCAGGCUUGCCGGCUCCUGUUUUAGCUGAAAUAUGGGCUUUAUCAGACCUGAACAAAGAUGGGAAGAUGGAUCAGCAAGAGUUCUCCAUAGCCAUGAAACUCAUCAAACUAAAGCUACAAGGCCAGCAGUUGCCUGUGGUUCUCCCUCCUAUUAUGAAACAACCUCCUAUGUUCUCUCCAUUAAUUUCUGCCCGUUUUGGAAUGGGAAGCAUGCCCAAUCUGUCCGUUCCUCAGCCAUUGCCUCCAGUCGCUCCUAUAGCAACAGCUUUGUCCCCUGCAACUUCAGGGACCGCCCUUCCUCCCUUAAUGAUGCCUGCUCCCUUGGUGCCUUCCGUUAGCACUUCAUCCUUACCAAAUGGAACUGCCAGUCUCAUUCAGCCUUUAUCCAUUCCAUAUUCUUCUGCAACAUUGCCUCAUACGUCAUCUUAUAGUAUGAUGAUGGGAGGAUUUGGUGGUGCUAGUAUACAGAAAGCCCAGUCUCUGAUUGAUUUAGGAUCUAGUAGCUCAACUUCCUCAACUGCUUCACUCUCAGGGAACUCGCCCAAGAUUGGGACCACAGAGUGGGCAGUUCCUCAGCCUUCAAGAUUAAAAUAUCGGCAAAAAUUUAAUAGUCUUGACAAAAGCAUGAGUGGAUACCUCUCAGGUUUUCAAGCUAGAAAUGCCCUUCUUCAGUCAAAUCUUUCUCAAACUCAGCUAGCUACUAUUUGGAGUCUGGCUGACAUUGAUGGGGAUGGACAACUAAAAGCUGAAGAGUUUAUCCUUGCGAUGCACCUCACUGACAUGGCCAAAGCUGGACAGCCUUUGCCUCUGACUUUACCUCCUGAGCUGGUCCCUCCGUCUUUUAGAGGAGGAAAGCAAAUUGAUUCCAUUAAUGGAACUCUGCCUUCAUAUCAGAAAAUACAAGAAGAGGAACCUCAGAAAAAAUUACCAGUUACUUUUGAGGACAAGCGGAAAGCCAACUAUGAGCGAGGGAACAUGGAACUGGAGAAGCGACGCCAAGCCCUGAUGGAGCAGCAACAGAGGGAGGCAGAGCGUAAAGCCCAGAAAGAAAAGGAAGAGUGGGAACGAAAACAGAGAGAAUUGCAAGAACAAGAAUGGAAGAAACAACUUGAAUUAGAAAAACGCUUGGAGAAGCAGAGGGAAUUGGAGAGACAACGGGAGGAAGAAAGGAGAAAAGAGAUAGAAAGACGAGAGGCAGCAAAACAGGAACUUGAAAGACAACGUCGUUUAGAGUGGGAGAGAAUUCGCAGACAGGAGCUCCUCAAUCAAAGGAACAGAGAGCAGGAAGAAAUUGUGAGGUUAAACUCUAAAAAGAAGAGUCUUCAUCUCGAGUUGGAAGCACUGAAUGGCAAACAUCAGCAGAUCUCAGGCAGACUUCAAGAUGUCCGACUCAGAAAACAAACUCAGAAGACUGAGCUGGAGGUUCUGGAUAAGCAAUGUGACCUGGAAAUUAUGGAAAUCAAGCAGCUCCAGCAAGAACUUCAGGAAUAUCAAAAUAAGCUUAUCUAUUUGGUACCUGAGAAGCAAUUAUUAAAUGAAAGAAUUAAAAACAUACAGCUUGGUAACACACCUGAUUUAGGAAUCAGUCUACUUCAUAAAAAAUCAUUAGAAAAGGAAGAAUUAUGCCAAAGACUUAAAGAACAGUUAGAUGCACUGGAAAAAGAAACUGCAUCUAAGCUAUCAGAAAUGGAUUCAUUUAACAGUCAACUAAAGGAACUGAGAAAAAGCUACAAUACACAGCAGUUAGCUCUUGAACAGCUUCAUAAGAUCAAACAUAACAAGUUAAAGGAAAUAGAAAGAAAAAGGUCAGAGCUAAUACAAAAAAAGAAACAAGAAGAUGAGGCUGUAAGGAAAGCAAAGCAAGGAAAAGAAAACUUAUGGAGAGAAAAUCUUAGAAAGGAGGAAGAAGAAAAACAAAAGCGGCUCCAGGAAGAAAAGACCCAAGAAAAAGUUCAAGAAGAGGAAAAGAAAACUGAGGAGAAACGAUAUCAAACUAAUAAGCCACUUGCUGCUUCCACUUUGCAUGGCUCAGCCACCAACACUCCCUUAGAUCCCUGCUCAUGGUACACCUGUGAGCCAGCUAGUGAGUUGGUGAAUUAUAGAGCUUUAUAUCCCUUUGAAGCAAGGAGCCAUGAUGAGAUGAGUUUUAAUUCUGGGGAUAUAAUACAGGUUGAUGAAAAAACCACAGGAGAACCUGGUUGGCUUUAUGGUAGUUUCCAAGGAAAGUUUGGCUGGUUUCCAUGCAACUAUGUAGAAAAAAUGCCAUCAAGUGAAAAAUCUGUGUCUCCUAAAAAGGCCAUACUUCCUCCCACAGUAUCUUUAUCUGCUACCUCAACUUCUGAAUCACUUUCUUCAAAUCAGCCAGCAUCAGUGACUGAUUAUCAAAAUGUAUCUUUUUCAAACCUAACUGUUAAUACAUCAUGGCAGAAAAAGUCAGCUUUUACUCGCACUGUGUCCCCUGGAUCUGUGUCCCCUAUUCAUGGACAGGGACAGGUUGUAGAAAACCUAAAAGCACAGGCCCUUUGUUCCUGGACUGCAAAGAAAGAUAACCACUUGAACUUCUCAAAACAUGAUGUUAUUACUGUCUUGGAGCAGCAAGAAAAUUGGUGGUUUGGGGAAGUACAUGGAGGAAGAGGAUGGUUUCCAAAAUCUUAUGUCAAAAUCAUCCCUGGGAGUGAAGUCAGACGGGAAGAGCCAGAAGCUCUGUAUGCAGCUGUAAAUAAGAAACCUACCUCCACAGCCUAUACAGUUGGAGAAGAGUAUAUUGCACUUUAUCCGUAUUCAAGUGUAGAACCUGGAGAUUUGACAUUCUCAGAAGGUGAAGAAAUACUGGUGACUCAGAAAGAUGGAGAAUGGUGGACAGGCAGUAUUGGAGAUAGAACUGGAAUUUUUCCAUCAAAUUAUGUCAAACCAAAAGAUCAAGAGAGUUUUGGGAGUGCUAGCAAAUCUGGAGCAUCAAACAAGAAACCUGAGAUUGCUCAAGUAACUUCAGCAUACGUGGCUUCUGGUUCGGAACAGCUUAGCCUCGCACCAGGGCAGUUAAUACUAAUAUUAAAGAAAAAUGCAAGUGGGUGGUGGCAAGGGGAGUUACAGGCCAGAGGCAAAAAGAGACAGAAAGGAUGGUUUCCUGCCAGCCAUGUUAAACUUUUGGGUCCAAGUAGUGAAAGAACUACACCUGCCUUUCAUCCUGUGUGUCAGGUGAUUGCUAUGUAUGACUAUGCAGCGAAUAAUGAAGAUGAGCUAAACUUCUCCAAGGGACAACUUAUCAAUGUUUUGAACAAAGAUGAUCCUGACUGGUGGCAGGGAGAAAUCAAUGGGGCGACUGGUCUCUUCCCUUCAAACUAUGUUAAGAUGACGACAGACUCAGAUCCAAGUCAACAGUGACCCAAUGUUGUCUUCCAGUGUGAAAGCACCCCAGAGACCCACUAUCCAAGUUUGACUCUAGCGUGGAGGCAGGGCAGGCAGCCCUGAUCAAAUAUCUCCUACACAAUCCGUUAACUUCGGUUCGAAUGUUAGAGCCACUUGUGAUUAUUUCUUUGUGUUUCUAACUUACAGUUAACAUUAUUUGUAACAAAUGAAAGGAUAGUGGGUCUUUGUGUGGCUUUCCCUGCUGUUCACUCUGGCACCCUUUAGCAUUUUUCUCCUUUUUUAAUUUGGUAAUUGUAGGUCAUUAGCAUGCACAUUGAGUUUUCCCCGACAUGGUGGGAAUUCAAACACACAAAGACCCACUAUUUGCACAAACUGUUCUCGCUGGUUUGGAAUGAGCUGCCAUGCUUUUCUAUCUAAUGUUAUCGCAACUUGUAUAUUGAUUACAGAAUUCAGAUUAAAUUUGCUUAUGUUUUGCUCUUAUGUUUGAUCAAAUCCUAAUACAGUGAGCUUUUAAUUGGUUCAAUGUGUGAUUUGUCCCCAGAUAUGCACUGUUUAAUUUGUUACUUUCUAAUAUGCCACUAUUCAGUUUGUUAAAUUCAAUUUGUUAAAUUUAAAGGCCAAGAACUGGAAACAACCUUUUAUGUAUUUUCUGUGUAUUUGGGGGUAGAAGCAAUAACAUUUUUGGGGAGCUUUUCUUAUCUCAGAAGAGGACAGUGGCCUGCCCAUCAGUAUGUGCAGAAUGGGAUAUGUUUCAUCGGUUAAGUUGCCCAGGAAUGAGCACAGUGCUGUGGUAGUGACCUUAGAUCUUUAUGUGCUGUGGACAUGAAGAUACUACAUCAUGUCCUGCAGCAGUUAGUUGUUACUUCUUCAUUAAUGACCUAAAAAUAUAUUAUUUUGGGGGAAUGAAAGGCUCCCGUCACUGACCAUGAGAUAUGAAACUUUCCCUAGCUUAGACUGAGUAUUUAUAUCUACGAUACAUUUUAAAGUCAAAAAUUCAUGUUAUCUAUUUUAACUAGGUGACCACAUGUUUCAGGUCACAAAAAGACACUGGUUGACAUUCUUCUUAAUAUAUUUAGAUCAUAAGGAAUCUUUGAAGAGUUUAAAUGCCCCUGAAGCAGGCACACAGGCUCCGUCUGCCUCGUCAGGAAUGAAUUCAGGUGAAGGAGAGGUGUGUGUGCUGGCAUUCCUCCAUGUCCAUAGAGUGCUUUGAGGCUAGAAGAUUGACUUUACCAUCCAGAAUUCUCUGGCUAAUCUCUAUUUAACCACAUUGGCUACUUUGGCACAGGAUUUUAUUUUUUCUUGAAUGGAAACACUUUAAAGAUGCUAAACAUUAUUAAAAACUAAUAAAUGUGAGAGUACAUAGCUAAAACAAAAAGGCAUUUUAGUGGACAGUAUUAAACUAUUUUUGAAAAUCAAUGAGAAGCUUAUGCAAUUUAUAAUGUUUACAAACUGCAGUGCAAUCUACUGUUUAUGAAUGUCAAAGUAUUAUCAGGAAACGUGUACAUACAGUCACAGUCUUAUUUCCUCACAGAGUUCUUUAAGAGUGAAAUAUGUUUUUAUAUCUUUGAGUUUAAGUUAAAAACAUAUAUUGUGCAAUAUUUAUGUUGAUGUGCCUAUACAUUAUAAAUGAAUGAUUUCAGUUAUACAUUGCCUAAAUCAUAACUUUACAACACUUGAGAAAGAAUCAACAGUUUAGUUAGAACUUCACAAAGUUCAAAUGUCUGUGUUCCAAAAUAUUUCACAUUAUUGGGAUGUAUGGUGAUAUGUAGGUGUGCUCCCUGGGGUAGGGAUUUGUAAUUAUCAGACCAGCUCGAUUUUUAGUAUUUGGCAUCAUUAUGAUACUUUUAAAAAAUAUGACAUUAAUAGAAAGCAAUAAUAUCACUUUACAGGUGGAAUAAUAGAUUCACCUGCAGUCAAUAAAAGGGAUAGUACAAAGGUUGUGUCCUUGUGAAUUCAACCAAUCCUUCAAAUUGUACAGAUUACUUGGUCUUGCCUUUUAAUGUUCUGAGCUUUCUGCGUUUGCAUCCUUUAGUUGGGUUCAGAUUAAGGACAGUUACUUUAAGUCCAUUAUAAACCCUGAGAUUAGAAAUCACCACUGAUAAUUAGCCACAUGAUUUAGUAUAACAUUUCUGUAUAAUUAUUUUUUGCAUAUGGACUUACCUAAUAUAUUAAUAAAUUAUUUCAAAGGUAUUUUAUAGUGCAGAUCAUUCACUUUUACACUGAUGAAGUUUAUUAAGAAUGACAUUCAGGUAGAGCUUAGCAUCUGUAGUCAAUUUGAAAAAACUGUAUUCAAAGGUACCUAUGGACUAAAUCGCAUAAUGACAUAUUUAAGCUAAAUGUCAGUCUGGGAAACGUAUUUACUGUAUUUACUGAAAUACCUCUCCUUGUGUAGGUAUUUUGUCAUAUAUUUGAGAGAAAGCUAAAAAUAAAGGAAAUAGGAUGACAUAUAAUAACCUGCCUGACCUUCUUAAAAGUGCAUGCAAUCCUUUGCGAUACCUCAUAUUCUGCCACAUAUUUGCUUUCUUCCUCAUGCAAUAUGAGGCAGCUUUCAAUUUACUUAGAAAUCAAUGUUAGAAGGAAAGAAUUUUAAAGUGGGAACACCACUGAAUAAAUCUGAACUCUGUAGGAGGUAAAGUUUAUUUAAAAAUUGUAGUAUGUGAUAAUCAUUUUUAAGUAUGUGAUCAAAUUUGAUGGGAUUUCCAGCAGUAAAAAAAUCAGUUCUAAAACCAAACCUGAUUUUUUAGAAAAUUUAAAUCAGUCUUACUCAUUGUAGAGUUUCCUCAAAAACUUUGUCUUAAAGUGUCAUUUUAAAAUAAUAGAGCUAUUAAAACAGUAUAACUGCUAUUUUAGUGUUCUAAAAUACAGUAUGAAUACUGAUAGUUUAAAAUAAAGUGGAGGAAGGAAAAGUAGAGAAAGAAAUGCCAAUUCCAGUCAAAGCUUUAUUUGCCAAAUUUUUCUUAGAUUGAAUUUUACCAAGUUACAAAUUCUUGUAAAUAGAAUCUAUAAUGGAAAUUCUGAGAGACUUCUGCCUAGAGUGGCAUUGUGGGAUGCUGCUGUGAUGCUACUGUAAUGUAAUUAUUAAAUUGUUGCAAAGUGCUGUUUUUUGCCUUAAAUUUUUAUUUUGUGUGUCUUAAAAACUAUAAAAUCAAACGUAUUAAGAUUUUAAUGCUGGGCACGCUUGGCAUGAGGUAAUCUGUUUUUAUUUUUACAAAGUUGUAAUAUAACUAUGCAAGUGUGUUUAUUAAAAGGACACAAACUACA